GAGUCUUUCCACCGAGAGAGAAAUUGAAUAAUGAAAACCAAAACCAGCAUUUUGAUCAUCCACUCACCAUAUCCGUGGGUCAGGGGCGUAACCAUGGUGCCUCACAGAAAUUGCCGAAUAAAAAUUCAGAAACCGGUGGCUUGAUCAAGAGGUUUCAUUUAGGGCGAGAAACUACAGAGAGCGAGAGAAAAGAUGUCGGACUGGGGGCCAGUGUUCGUGGCGGUGGUGCUGUUCAUACUAUUGACACCGGGGCUGCUGGUUCAGAUUCCGGGUCGCGGACGUUCGUAGAGUUCGGCAACUUCCAGACGAGUGGGGUAUCCAUACUGGUCCACUCCAUUCUAUACUUUGCUCUCAUCUGUAUCUUCCUCUUGGCCAUUGGCGUCCAUGUCUACGUCGGUU